UUAUGCACCAACUUCUGCUAGUGGCUACAGUUCAUACUAACUGUCCCCACCCUUUUUAGUUCUCAUCGUUCCUCACAAAUUUUUCUCACUGGAAACUCCUCUUUAAAGCUCUGCAAAGAUCUCGAGAAACUCUUGCUAACAAGCAAGUAUCGACAGCCUGCACCAUGACAAAAGCAGAGGAAGAAGAUGCUGAUAAAACCACCGGUCUCGACCUCAAAGCUGUUGAUGGCGGGUUCAGAGGCCAUCUUGGCCCUUCUACCAGGGAGACGGAGCUUAGGCUUGGGCUUUGCAUCCCUCGUGAUAAAGAGGUUUGUGACGAGAAGAAGGGAAGUGGGCAGGCGGCUAACCAGAAGAAUGGUGGUUCAGGAGUUGUUGCUGGUUGGAAGAGAGGAUACUCACAUGCGAUCGGAGGUGCUGAAGAGAAGAGAGUCAUCUCUGGUUUUGGCAAUCCGUGGUCUCUCGUGCAAUUCUGUUCUGUGGGAGUUCUUACCGGAGGCAUCAAGGGGUCAGCCGAUGGCUUUGGCGCGGGCAAAGGCGCGACAGGUUCGGCCAUGGACCAAGAAAAGAUUAUCUCAGAACAGAAACCGAAGGUUGAACCAACAAAUGCUGUACUCCAGAGAGCUCCCCCUGUUGUUGGCUGGCCACCAGUUCGCACAUCUCGGAAGAAUUUGACUCCUCAACCAAGAUCAGACAUGGAGAAGGAGAAGGGGGUUGAGUCCUCAGAGAAGCCUGACAAGAAGGUGGAGGAUUCUCUGUUUGUGAAGGUUAACAUGGACGGAUUCCCCAUCGGCCGGAAGAUCGAUCUCAAGGCUUAUGACAGUUAUGUGUCACUGUCUCGGGGGCUUCAGCAGCUGUUCAGCAGGUUCCUGGAUGUUGAUAUUAAGAUGGAAGUGGAAAGGGAUACUGCUGAGCACGUCCUUGUUUAUGAAGACAAUGAAGGAGACCGUAUGCUGGUUGGGGACGUGCCAUGGGAGAUGUUUGUUAGCUCAGUUAAGAGGCUUUGGAUCAUGAACGGGUCAGAAGCACCUACUAUUGCUACCACAAGAUCCACAAAGUAUGGCACAUAAUAAUGAAGCUCUUGGCUCAUAUUUAAGUGAACAGAAAGGUUAUGGACCUUAUAUUAGAAAGAGAGAGAGAGAGAGAGAGAGAGUAGGGUUGUUCAGUGAGAUUUAUCAUUUUCUUAUCAAGCUUGUGUUUGUUUGGGGACAUUGAAAUAUGUAGAAUAUGUAUGCAUUAAUUAAGAAGUGGUCUAAUGUUAUCUGAUAAUGAGGCUUGGUAAUUAACUAAUGUAUAAUGCAUAUUUUGUUCUGAAAGGCAAGCAAGUAUUAUCAUCUUAUGAUUUC